ACCAAGGAGGGUUAUCAGUUACACUAUUUGCGCUGCGAUUGGCCGUGGCUUCAAAGUGGGAAGUACGCCGGUGUCUCCCUGGUUGCGCAAGACGCCAUUUUGGGGUGACAGUGAAAGAUAACGCAAAGAUCGGGUUGUCGUCUCUGUAAAGCUUUGCCAACAUGGGGAAUGUAUUUGCAAGCUUAUUCAAGGGCCUGUUCGGCAAAAAGGAGAUGAGAAUUUUAAUGGUUGGCCUCGAUGCUGCUGGAAAAACAACAAUCCUAUAUAAACUGAAGCUCGGAGAGAUAGUCACCACCAUUCCCACUAUUGGUUUUAAUGUUGAAACGGUAGAAUACAAGAACAUCAGCUUCACGGUGUGGGAUGUGGGCGGUCAGGACAAAAUCAGGCCGCUGUGGCGCCACUACUUCCAGAACACUCAAGGGCUUAUUUUCGUGGUGGACAGCAACGACAGGGAGAGGGUGAACGAGGCGAGGGAGGAGCUGUCCAGAAUGCUGGCUGAGGACGAACUGAGAGAUGCUGUGCUGCUUGUUUUUGCAAAUAAACAGGAUCUCCCCAACGCUAUGAACGCUGCAGAGAUCACAGACAAGCUGGGCCUACAUGCUCUCCGUCAGCGCAGCUGGUACAUCCAGGCCACCUGCGCCACCAGCGGAGACGGUCUCUACGAGGGCCUGGACUGGCUCUCCAACCAGCUGAAGAACCAGAAAUGAUCCAUUCCACCAGUUUUUUGUUUUGUUUUUCUUUUUUUUUUUCUUUGUUUGUGGUUUAUUUUUAUUAUUUUGUUUUCUGUUUCGACACCGCUGCAGCACCGGACCCCGGCCCCUCUGCUCCAUCUCUACCCCCGUUCCCCGGACCGACCCGGCUCUUUCUUUCGAGAACUUCCUUCCUGCUUUCUCCUCUUCCGUCUGUGCUCUCGGGGCUCGAGCCUGUGCUGCUUGUGUGUGUGUGUUUGCGGGUGGUGUGUGUGUACAUGGGUGAAUGAGUGUGUGUUCAGCGAGUGUGUGUGUGGGCAUGAAGGCGUCUCUGUGUGUGUGUCGGCUGGGAUUGGGAGUAACCCUGGCGUGCCUUUUACACACCUCCUGUGGAAUCAGCAGUCCGGUUUUCAAAACCCUUCUCCAUCCACCGACGUCAGCCUCCUCCCCGCUUGGCCUACCCCCACUCUCAGUCUUGCACGGCCCCCUUCUUCCCACCCUAACUCUGCAGAGGAAGCAUGGUUUUCAUACGGCAAAGAAAGAGCAAGGGUGUAGGCUCUCCUCACUUUAGUCUGAUCUGUGAUAAGUAGAAACGCUCACUCAGUGUAGAUCGAAUGCUAAAUGUUAAUUUUAACCUCCUUGAUUUUGAAACCCACCAGUAAGAGAUUCAAUAAAUUGCAUCUUAACCUGUAUCAGGUCAAAGCAAAAUCAAAAGAAAAAAAACACAGUUUGAAAACACAUGGGAAAAAAAAUAGGGAAAAAAAAGCAGUUCAUCCUCGGUCAUUCUAGUGUCAUUUGAAAAUCAUGCUGUUUGUUUUAUUAUUAUUAUAUUGGAAAUAUAGCAGAUUAUUCCUAUUGAUGGCUCUCCAGUGGACACUAACUUUCUCCCCGAAGCACAAGGCAAGCCAACAAUCUUCAAAUAAAAGUCAAAUUCUGUCAGUUUACGUAUGCAGCCCUCGUCUUUUCUGCUCCCUCGGUAAGCCCUCCCUUUAAUUCCCCGGAGUAAUUUGGAUCUUUGAGUCUGAUGAAUCAUUCUGAUGGCGUUCUCACACUCGUACUUAAGCCUGAGAACAGGAGCUUCACAUUAUUCCUUUAAGAGAUGUUACAUGUUUGUUUUUUUUCUCAUUAGUUUUAGCAUUUAUAUUGUACAAUGACUGCUGAACCAAAUGCAUUUGAGCAGUAUGACAAAUCCUGAACAUGGACAUAGUAAGAGCAUCUCUGAGGGCCUGACCUGAUUUUUCUUUUCCUUUUCUUCACCAACGGUUGACAGUUUUUCUUUGAAACCUGAAAGCAUCCAGCUGUUUUAGCUUUCGAAGUCAGGAUGAAGGAUUGGCACCAAAAAUGAAGGCUCUUUAACUGUGAACGGUCUAGACAAGAAGAAAGGAAAAAUGGCUGGAAUGUCUGGGUGUUUACAGGCUAAUACUCCUCAUUUGUGUUUCUGCAUACUUAAAGAUUGAGGAGUACAACACCAGUCCUCCUCCUCUUCCUUCUUUGUUGGCAGCGAGCUGGAAGGACUCGGUGGCAGACCUGUUGAGGGGAAUCGGUGUGCAGUUACCUGGUGCUGAGACUCAGCAGGCGUCCUCAGUGUUGAACCAUGGGGGUUAAAACUGGCACUUCUGUCAAGAAUGAUUGUAAAUCUGUAAGUUCCCCUGUAAAUUGUUUCUGUGGGGAUUUCCUGAACACAUUAAUAAACAUGAUUUGAUCCAAA